AUGAUGCGUAAAUAUCCAAAUAAAGGAAAAGUCGAUGAAUUUUAUUUCGCCUGUAGAGAAGGAAAUUUAGAUUAUGUCAAAGAAACACUACCUGCAAUGACACGGGAAGAGUUCAAUCAACUACAACCAAAAGGAAGCACCUAUCUUCAUGUUGCUUCUCAUACAGAACGCACUGGAAUCGUUCGACUUUUAUUACAGCAUGGUUGCGUUAGAUCCAAGUUGAAUUUAUAUGGAUUGACUCCUUAUAAUGAAGCAUGGUCGGAAGAAAUCAAAGUCUUAUUUCAUCGUCCGAGAGAUGAAUGUGGCGGUUGUCGAUUCGUUGACAAUGAUAUUGAUGAAACAUUUCAGCUUACGUCUUCACUAGCAGUUACUGUUGAUUCUCCAAGCAUGACAACCAUUAUGAAUGAAGAUGAUGAACAAAUAAAUGAAAUAGAUGGCGAUGCCGAUUUUGUACUUAAUGAGUGA